AUUAGUCACACUGGAUCGAUCAAAAAACAAGAAAUAAAACCCAGACUGUACCUACACAAAAAAGUGUCAACGAGACGACCAGGAUAUAAACUCUUUUCAGUUUUACGUUCCAGAGUGUUGCGUUUCUUUCUGCUGUUUUGACGUAUCUUAGUACAGACGUAGCUCUACAAAGCAAUGGCCUCAGUGUCUUUAGAAAAGAAAGGUGAAGGUCAUUAUGAGCACCAUGGGACACCAGUUCCUUGCAGUAUUUCAUUGCCUACUCUUCAUGCAGGGACAAAGAUUCUAAUUGAGGGCAAAACUUUGCCCAAUGCUAAAGGGUUUUCAGUCAAUUUUUGUGCUGGCCACAAUAUGGACCAUGACAUAGCAUUCCACUACAACCCUAGACUAGAAAUGAACAGAGUUGUCAGCAACACUAAACACAAUGGAGGUUGGGGAGCUGAACAAAUCAGCAAUGAUGUACCAUUCGGACACGACAAACCUUUUAAACUGAAAAUCAAACUGACAAGCAAUGGCUAUGAGGUGGAGGUCAGCAAAGGUCCAGCCAUACAUUUCAACCACCGCUUACCUUUGGAUAAGGUCACUCAUCUUUACCUGAUUGGGGAUAUUUCAGUCAGUCUCAUUAAGCUUAAAGCGAAAAAAUAAAGAGCAUAAUGCGAGAAAUAAUUUCCACCAUUGGAACAGAGUUCUGGAAGCCUGGCAUGGAAAGGAAUUAUUGCUUGAAAUAAUUCCUAGUAUUUUAUAAUGGCUAAUGUAUAAAUCUUAACAGUAUAAUUCAAACCAUUUAAUUAGUUCAAUAAAUGCUUUUAUACUUGUGACUAAUACAACCUCGAGAAUGUAGUAGAUUCUCUAUAGAGAUCCAAUUACAUUCCACGAUGUAUUUGUAGUAAUAAUUAUAUCCUUAUGCAGCAAUGGUGACCUAAUUUUAGUGUAGUUUAAAAUCUACAUUGUUCGUUUAGAAUGUUAUUGUUUAGUUAGAAAUUAGUCAAUUUAUCUCCUUUUUAUGUUCACUGUUUGCUGUAAGUUUUUUUUAUAAAAUUUUACUUUAGUGACACAAAAAUGUAGUGUUUGAUAAUCACUACAUUCUUUUUAUAUCAAAACUGAUUAAAAUGGAUAAAUUUUUUAAUAAACUUUAUCACAGCUUAAAAAAAUAUUUUUUCUUCUUCUUCUUUGUGUUUUUUCACUCCACCAAGAAUGAAACGUGAAUUGGUUUUAUGUAUUUAGGUUGAAACUAGAAAAAACACUAUGGUGUCCUAUUCUCGGCAUUCUUACGAUAUCGUCGAAUAUAUAAUAAAGUUACACCAUAUACAAAUGUAAUCUAAUAUUUGACUAAGAUCUGGUCAGUAGAAAGAAGACAGCAUAACUACAUGAGCGCAUUGUUACUACAGACUGGCAACAUUUGAUAAGAUGAAUAGCUAGACACAAGGAAAGACGGGAGUACUAUGGAUGGUCAUUGUAAAGUCAUUCUUCCACGUCAAUCUAUGAGAUGUUACAAAAUCAACUUCUUUGAAACUCAAGUUACAGGACAACAAGCAAUGAUAUACUCUCACACACACAUACACACAACAAGCAAUGAUACUCACACACACAACAAAAUCUUUCAAUUCAAAGGCACGAUAAGCAAUUGACAAUAUAGUUGUAAAAUAAGAAAAACUAUUUAAAAUACUUUCUAAUAAAAGCGUAUUGUUGUAACUCUAGUGGCGGACUGAAAGGGUUAAUGUGUGUGCGACUCAGGCCAAUCACACGGGUCAACGGCUGUCGAUAGACAAGGGACAGUACUGCUAGUUCACGCAAGUAUGACCUGUGUUGUGGUCAUGUGAUCAUGUGAUCAAGAGUCUUCACGGUCGAGAGACAGUGUGUAACAAGAGACAGUUGAGUUCAGAACAGCAAGGCAUAAGGACUGUGGUACCUUUGAGUCCUCGAAAAUGUAGCUGUACGAGCUAGAGAGACUUGUAAUGUUUAGUUAGGCAGUUCUGUUAAGUUCAAGAAAGCAUUUGAAUUUGAUGUAGCAAAUUGUGUUGAAUUGUAUUUUAUUUGUAAUUAAAUCGCCACUUUGUUACUUGAA